AUGCAAGCUUAUGGUAGAAUGAAGAGAGUCACUGACCCAUUUGACGACAAAAUGAAAGCUUGGAUCAUUGGACGUGACCCGCAAGAAACCUGUUACCUCAGUAGCGGAAGCGAACAUAGUGCCUACGCCGUUGAUGAUGAUGAUGAUGAUGCUUCCUGUGGCUUUUCUAAUCUCAUUUUUGGUUUUCCUGAUGACGUGGCGGAGAAUGCGUUAUCGGAGAGCGAUUCAAACUCCGACGAUGAAGAUGUGUCAGCGUGUAAAGAAAUGAAUCUUGAGCAUAACACAACCUCUAAAGCUAACUCAAGAGGACUUAAACCCAUACAUUCUCACGGACUAGUGGCCGUUGGGCGAUCUAGGGCUUCAAUUGAUUUGCUUUUAUCAACCCAAUUGUUGAAGAAGGGUAUGAGAAAGUGGGGAAGGGCUAUUAGGGGUUUUGGUUAUAAUACUGCUAUAUGCAAGACAAAAUGGGAGAGUUCUGGUGGACUUAAGGCAGGAAAUUACGAGUUCAUUGAUGUAAUCCGAUCGGAUAAUAAUACUCGUUACAUCAUUGACCUUGAUUUUGCAGCAGAGUUCGAGAUAGCAAGGCCUACCAAUCAUUACGAGCAGUUGUUGAAGUCAUUGCCGAAUGUUUUUGUAGGUAAAAGCGAAGAGUUAAAGUGUAUAUUGAAGGUAAUGAGUGACGGUGCUAGGCUAUCCUUGAGAAACAAAGAGUUACUUAUUCCUCCUUGGAGAAAAAAUCGGUUCAUGCAAAACAAGUGGUUAGGUGCUUACAAACGGACAAUUAACAUUUUGCCGUCUGUUAACGAUUCAUCGGCUUUGUUGGUGCAGUUGAAGCAGAUUAACGUCGAGGCGUUUAAUGCUGCCGUAACGACCGUUUAG